AUGAGACCGCCAGACGAGAUUCUUCCAAAGUUCCAUCGCUUUUCUUUUGAUGAUGAAGGUCGGCCGAAAGAUAGCAGAUUUUUUACACUUCGGCCAGCCUUUUAUGGGUUAUUGUCGGUAAGUACACAUGUUCGAGUUACCUACGUAACGAAUACCAGCGGUUCUCAAUGGCUUCCUAAAGAGAAACUUGAGAAGAAGUUAGGCGAGAAGAUUACCGAAGAAAUGUACACACAAUUAUUGAUGGCUUUCGACUAUCUAGUCAGCCUUCCAUCAUCAUCUGUGGAAGAAAAGUUUAUUAUGCAAUAUAGAGAACCACUAGCAGCUUCCACUAAAUCCCGACUUUUUGGUCCAGAUAUCCCAGAAGUUACAGUUGAUCCUGCUACUCAGAGAAGACAAGCAACCGUCAGGUAAGU